AUGAGCAUGAUGGGUAAAAUCAACAAUUUUCUUGGGUUAAAUAUUCGUCAAAGAAGAGAAGGAAUUUUCAUUAACCAAGAAAAAUACACGAAGAAUUUGCUUGAAAAGUUUGGAUUGACUAAUAGUACAAAGCAUAGAGUGCCAAUGGCAGUAGGGACGAAGUUAACACCUUCAUUAGAUUCACAUACUGUUGAUCUUACUAUGUUUCGAAGCAUGAUUGGUUCUCUACUUUAUUUAACUGCAAGCACAACUUCGUUAGGAUUGUGGUAUCCUUCGAAAUCAGGAUUUUAUAUUCAAGCCUUUACAGAUUCAGAUCUUGGUGGUUGUGCUUUUGAUAGAAAAAUUACAAGUGGAGGAUAUCAGUUACUGGAUGGGAAGUUGGUUAGUUGGCAAUCGAAAAAGCAAACAUGUGUUGCAAUUUCUACUGCUGAAGCUGAAUACAUUUCUGCUACUUCUUGA